AUGGAGCCACCUCAGCUCCGCCGCGUCUUCAACGACAAAGAAGGUAUCAUGCUUCUUCGUCAGGUGAGUGCUGACCGCCCAUUCCAAGCGAAGAAAGGCGCAGUAAUGAAAGCGUGGGUGUCCAUCGCAAACCAACUUGCCGGACAUGAAGACUUUGGACGUCCGUCCUUCGACGCCAAAAAGGCACUCAACCGCUUUGGGGCAUCGCUUCGACGACAUGGGAAUCGAGAAGUUGGGCAAUGCGUUGGCCUCGGACACAGCAUUAAGGUUGUGCCGAAUGUCUAG